GACCUGACGACAGGUCCAAAGUUGUGGCCGUUUUUUCGGCCAGGCCUGGUACCGUAGGACGGUACCGUGGCAGCGUCACCGUGGCGCCAUGGGGAAAGACCUGAAUCAAAUCGAGGAGGCUAUCCUGGCGAAGAUUCAGGAGCGAGCGCACAGCAGAACCACCGAGGAGACCUUCUUGGUCAAGGCUUUGAGGUACCAAGACCUCUCAAGCUGCGGCUGGCUGGAUUUUCCAAAGUUCAGCCGUGCUCUGCUUCCGUACACUUCUGGGGUGAGUGAGAAGGAUGUUGAAGCCAUCUUCGAACGCUAUGCUGACCAGGGCUCUCUGCCAAUUCGGCCGUUUGCCAGUGACUUUGUCAGCGGCGUUCGGCGAGAAGAACAGGAGGCACCUGAGCCAAUGUACCAGGAGCCUGACUUGUCCGAGGAGACUUUGGAAAACAUCAAGGUCGUGUACGAUCAGGGUCCGAGGGGAACUACAUCCCUCGCUGCAGUUGUACGAAGAAUACGGCAACUGAUUGCAAGGAAAGGCAUUCGGACUGCAGUUGACAUCGUGCAGCACUUCUAUUCUGCAGAUGAAGAUGUUGAUGAUCAGCUCGACAUGUACGAAUUUCGCCAAGCUUGUCGCAAAGCUGGCCUAACUUUUCGGGACGCAGAAGAGGUCUCGAUCUUCGAAGCCUGCGCAGAGACCAAAGGGAAAAUUCACCUGCCGACGUUCCUCAAACUGCUCCAUGGGGAGAUGUCGUCGGCAAGGCGUUCUUUAGUGGAGAGGGCCUUUGCAGCGGUCGGAGGCAACCCACAAGAUGACCAAUCUGUGGUGAGCCCUGGGAAGCUGAAGGAACACUUCAUGGCCCAGGCACAUCCCUUGGUGGUCCGUGGCGAGCUGGAGCCAGGCUAUGUCCUCGCGGAAUUCUUAGACACCUUCAGUCAGCUCGCCCAUGUGCUUGGGGGAUGUGAGAACGGCAUGGUCUCAUGGGCAGAUUUCCACGCGUACUAUGACGUUGUCUCUUCUACCGUUGAAAAUGAUGCUCUUUUCGAUUUGAUAGUGCAACGCGUCUGGGAUGUGAAAACCAAAGCCUGGGCUGAUGGAGACGUGUCCCCCAGGCGGUUGGUUCGGGAGGUAGACGAUGCACCAUCUCCUACCGCCGAGAAGAGGCCUCCACCUCAUAGCGGUCCAUCAGUCUAUACUAUGGACAGCCCCAGAGGGCCUCAGGAGCAUCACCGCAGAUUUGGCAGGGGUCCACAGGCAUCUGCCAUCACGAAGUCAUCAAUCGUCUUUGCAGACAUCGUCAACACCUUGCAGGAAGUCUUCCAGAGGCUCAGCCGCAGCAUCUCUUUGCGCGGCUUGCGAGGUUGGCUGACCGUGGUGCAGCGGUUCCAGCAUUUUGACUAUCGAAGGAAUGGCACGGUGAUGCGCCUGGACUGGCAGCGCCUGUGCCGGGGUCUGGGCCUCGGUUUGUCUUCAGAGGACCAGGAGCAGAUCUUCAAGGAGCUGUCAAAGAAGAAGAAAGGCCAAGCAAUGGAUUACGUGGAAUGUUUACGCAUUCUCCGUGGAGACAGUUUGCCAGAGGAGCGUGCGCAGGCAGUGGAUCACCUCUUCCAGGCCUUGGGCACAGACCACGUGGCGCCGGCGGAGCUCAAGCGGCGCUUCGACGCCUCCAACGCCCCGCAGUGCCUGCUGCGUAGGAAGGAUCCCCGGCAAGCAGAACAAGAAUUCUUUGAUGCUGUCGACUUCUUCUCGCAAGGCGCGCCCUUUGAUGUCGAAAAAUUUGACGAGUUCUUCCGUAUGGUCUCUGCAGUUCACGAGGAUGACGACGAGUUUCGUUUGAUGACGACCAGUGCAUUUAAUGUGCAGUAGAAAGGCAUCCGAGGAGGCGUGGCGAGCGUGGCGAGCGUGGUGAGCGUGGGCAUUUGAUAUCGUUUGACUCAAUUGCUCAGCAAUUGCUCCUUGUGAUUUCGCCGUUUCUGCCUGGAUGAUCUGGACAUAUCUGGACAUAUCUGGAUAUAUCUGGACAUAUCUGGAUAUGUUUCUAUGAUUCUCAUUGAUUUUCUAUGCAAGACACCACUGUGUAUAUUGAGCCAAUGCACCGGCCGAGAAAAAGAGGCACGGCAUGGGUUCCUGUCGGAGGUCAACUAAAGCCAAAAACAAGAGG